UCUAAUAAUUUCACUUACUACUACUCCAUUUUCUACUUUGUACCAACAAACGCCGUCACCAACUCACUUCUACCUGAAAUCUCUCACUCUUUUUCUCUCUCUUCCCUCAAUUUCGUCUCUAAACUCGAGAUUGAUUCAUCUUAGAGAGAGAAUCAAAGAGGAGAGAUCGAAAUUUCUGUCUCUUUCGAACGAAUUAAUUCUUCGAUCGAUCGAAUUCACCGGAAAUUCCUGCAAUCUCCGAUCUCGAUUUCUAGGGUUCCGGCGACUCCAUUUUUGUACUUUUUCCGAUUCUUUGAUUUUAAUAUUGUAUUCGGAUUUUAAUGGCGUCGGAAGAUGUGAAGACGAGUGAAGCAGCUGUUUCGACGAUUGUAAACUUGGCGGAAGAAGCGAAGAUUGCUAGAGAAGGUGUUAAGGCUCCUGGUUAUGCUAUUCUUACUAUUUGCAAGUCUCUCGUUGCUGGUGGUGUUGCCGGCGGAGUGUCACGAACUGCUGUUGCUCCCUUAGAACGCCUAAAAAUAUUGCUCCAGGUUCAAAAUCCACAUAGCAUUAAAUACAACGGAACCGUUCAAGGGUUGAAAUAUAUAUGGCAGACUGAGGGAUUACGAGGAUUGUUCAAGGGUAAUGGAACAAAUUGUGCACGUAUUGUGCCAAAUUCCGCAGUCAAGUUUUUCAGCUAUGAGCAAGCAUCUAAGGGCAUAUUAUGGCUGCAUCGACAACAGAGUGGCAAUGCGGACGCUGAACUCACUCCUUUAUUGCGCCUUGGGGCCGGAGCAACUGCUGGCAUCAUAGCAAUGUCUGCAACUUACCCUAUGGACAUGGUGCGGGGCAGGAUUACUGUACAGACUGAUAAGUCACCUUACCAGUACAGAGGCAUGAUCCAUGCGCUGUCUACUAUUCUUCGUGAGGAAGGUCCAAGAGCUUUAUACAAGGGUUGGCUUCCCUCUGUUAUUGGAGUUAUUCCUUAUGUUGGCCUCAAUUUUGCCGUGUAUGAGUCAUUAAAGGAAUGGUUGGUGAAAGCUAGGCCAUUUGGAUUAGUCCAAGAUAGUGAGUUGAGCGUGACAACAAGGCUUGGAUGUGGUGCUGUGGCGGGGACUAUUGGCCAAACCGUUGCUUACCCUCUCGACGUUAUUCGUAGAAGGAUGCAAAUGGUGGGGUGGAACAACGCUUCAUCUAUAGUCACUGGUGACGGGAGGGGCAAGGUCCCAUUGCAAUAUAAUGGCAUGAUUGAUACAUUUAGAAAGACGGUUAGACAUGAGGGUUUCGGAGCUCUGUACAAAGGCCUGGUCCCUAAUUCAGUAAAGGUCGUGCCAUCCAUAUCAAUAGCAUUUGUGACAUAUGAGGUGGUGAAAGAUAUCUUGGGAGUUGAAAUGAGAAUAUCAGACUGAAGUUGCUGAUUCGGGCUCUUAAACUCUGAUAUAAUUUUUCUUCUUUUGGUAGGCAAUUGGAAGAAAUAGGUAAAUUUUGGUUGAUGUAUUGUAUUUUUGCCCGAUUAGAACAAGCUAAACUAGUACCAGGUGCUAGCCUGUUUUAUAUGUUGCUUUUCUGUUACCUCCUGUCUAGGGAUCCUUCAGAAUAUUCUAAUUACCUCAGUUUUUCAAAUGCUUAUUUGUAAUAAGUAGUUGCAAAUAAUAAAUUGAUGGAUCCAUUUGCAGAUUUCGAAGAGACAUUCUGUUGGAUGUUUAUGUCUGCUAUACCGUCUCUUGUAUAUUGCAUAGGCCAUCUCCUGCUUGAUUUUUUGUGCUUGGAAUUAAAUGCUCCAUGCUGCCUUUGUAAAAUCAAAGAUGCUUUUAAAGUA